AUGGCUUCAUUCAUGGUGACCGGUUCAUCGCGCGGCUUGGGGUUGGCUCUCAUCACGCGCCUGGCCUCGCUACCCCGAACAGAAGUUGGAACAAUCAUUGCGACCGCACGCCAGGAUAAUUCGCUCCUACUGAAGGAAAUAGCAGAUAACUCAUCUGGACGUGUUAAAAUAGUCAAGUUGGACGUCACGAACAAAACAAGCGUUCAAGAAGCGGCUACUUUGGUGGACCAGACGUUGCAAGGAAAAGGUCUAGACUAUCUCAUUAACAAUGCCGGUGCUACAGAUUGGACGCUGAGCGGGCUCCAAGGAAUAUCGACCACUCUUGGCUCGUUUGCCCUGGCUCCACAAUACCGUCUAUCACUUUGUCCUGCCUACAAAAUAUCCAAAGCUGCCUUGAACAUGCUCACUCUCCAAUAUGCCCAGCAAUACGAAGGAGAUGGCUUCACUUUUCUGGCUAUCAGUCCCGGUUGGUUGCGUACUGAACUCGGGAGCUCUCGGGCAGAUCUUCCAGUAGAAACUGGCGCCGAAAAGACAAUGAAUCUUAUAUUAGGCGCGAAUUGUGCGCAAAAUGGAAAAUUCUUGAAUAUCCACGUGCCUGGUUGGGAGAAUGCACCAGGGCCCAACCAGUACAAUGGGGAGGAAAUUGCUUGGUAG